GAUAGCGGAAAUUUCAAGCAGGAUCUUAGUUCAGAUCCAACUUGAAUUGUUGUCACUUUUAGGUCUCCGAGGUCCACAGGCCGUAUGUUGCAAGUGCUUCAAAGUUUCGUCCUGCCUGUCCGAUUCAUAUCCAACUGAUACCUCUUCUCCCUCCGUACGUUAUGGGCAAGAAAUAUUCUGCUCAGUAUUAUCCUGUCAAUGGAGCGGACGACGAGGACGGGAAGCUUCUCUAUAGGGGUACAGAAACCAGACCUCAUUCGAAGGCUCGCUUCCUUCACGUGUCGCUAUGGCUCAUACAUGGAAAUAAGGCUAUUGAAUCCAAAGGCAUUGUAAGAUUCAACGGAAGUUGGGAUCAUCGUUCGGUAUAUCGCGGCAAUCCGUCUCCAGAUCUCGAUGUAGCUUGGAAUAGAGUAACUGCCGAUGGGCGGUUUAUGUCUAUGACGCUCGAACAACUACUCAAAACAGGGGAAGAACCUGCCCCAUUCAUGGCUAGGUAUCCGGAAGAGUACAGCGGAAAUUAUUUGGCGAGUGUAGAGGUCAUUCACCAGCUCCAUUGCAUAAACAUGGUUCGCCAAUCCAGCUGGGGUGACCAUUACUUGGCAGACGAUCCUGACUUCAUCCUAUCCCCUGACGGAUGGCGCAUCCAUCUGGAUCACUGUCUCGAAUUUGUCAGACAGGUCAUUAUGUGCCGUUCUGAUGUAACAAUGGUUACUUAUGAUUGGGUUGAGGGACUUGACGACCCAUACCCAAACUUCAACGUUCCUCAUCAAUGUAGGGACCUCGAAAAGAUCUUGGAUUGGGUAGAUGAUCAUCGUGUUUACAUCCCUCAGUCAAAGUUGAUCCGCCAAGAGGGUAAUGUUGACCUUCCUUCCCCCCCUUGAUUGUGUUCUCGACCCAUAGAGGAUCCACAGGGGGAAUGACAGCACAUCACGAAUGUAACUACAAACACGUAUAACUUUUCUAUAAGCCGAGUUCCAUAGUGCUUAUAGGCUGUCGCACAAUAAAAUCCCAUCUAAUUUGAUA